GCGGUGGCGCUUUAAGAGGCCCGAGCGCCGGGAGGCCGGCCGGGCGGGGACUGACCGGACCGAGCGAUGGAGACCGCCCGGGACUGCGCCGGAGCCCUGCUCAGGCCCCUGACGUUUAUGGGGUCGCAGACAAAGAAAGUGCUGUUCACACCCCUCAUGCAUCCCGCUCGCCCCUUCCGUGUCUCCAACCAUGACCGGAGCAGCCGCCGAGGGGUGAUGGCCAGUAGCCUGCAGGAGCUCCUCAGCAAGACCCUGGAUGCGCUGGUGGUCCCCAGCCAACUGGUCACCUUGGUGCUGGAGGAGGAUGGCACUGUGGUGGACACAGAGGAGUUCUUCCAGACCCUGGGGGACAACACACACCUCAUGGUCCUGGAGCAGGGGCAGAAAUGGACACCGGCUGGCAGCCACACCCCAGCCCGCUGGCCACCUCAGAGACGGGGCAUCGCGAAAGUCACCUUCGACUUGUACAAGCUGAGCCCCAAGGAUGUCAUUGGCUGCCUCAAUGUGAAGGCCACCAUGUACGAGAUGUAUUCCGUGUCCUACGACAUCCACUGCACCGGGUUCAAGGCCAUGCUCAGGAGCCUGCUGCGGUUCCUGUCUCACGCUGCCCAGGUGACUGGCCAGUGUCUUGUCCACAUGGGUACCUACAUGCUCCGAGUGCUGGCUGAAACGGAGGAGCAGGCGGUGCCUGGCUCGCGCCCUCGGAGAGGGAUCAAGAGUGGAUAGGGGGCACAACUCGGAGGUCAGCCAGCCUUGACCCAGCCGGUCCCUCUCGGGGAUGAAUUUAGAAAAUGCUGUGUUCCCACCAGUAUCACCUGCUCAGGAAAGAAAAGGGGCCUGAGCGACUAUCAGGGACUGGGCGGGGGUCCCUGGGGUGGUGGUACCUGCGGUGGGGGCUAGGAUGGCAGGAUCCAGGGGCUGCACAGUGCCUUCCGCUCCACAAUAAACCCAUCAGGAAAGCUGCUAUGAUACACAUACUUCUUCUGUCUCUUUCAUCUCAGGAAGUUUCACAGACGCUGAAUCAACCAGAAAUUCUCCCCUAACAAAGGCAAUCGCUCUUAAGUCUCUAUCAGGAGCCGGUGCCGCGGGAACAGGAGGGUCAGACGUUACUGGGGGGUUAACCGGGCUCCUAAUGAGCCCAGAGACCGGAAAGCUUGCGGGCCUCAGUCUUCGGAGGAGAAUAGGCUGCCCUGCCAGCCUUUCCUGAACACGAAGCUGCUGGAAAUGAGUCCUGAUCAGGGUAGGCGGGGCCCCAGGCUCCAUCACAUGGUUUGGGAGGGGCUAGUGCGGCUCCCGGAAGAAAUGGGGUUGGGGGGUGCUGCUGGACCAAGGGACCCGCACGUGCCAGGUGCCUUCAUUCUCUGGUUUUCCUCCUGAGAACCGCUGGCGCGGAGGCCUGGCCCCCUCCUGUCUGAAGGCUCAGGACAGUGGGAGACCCACGGCUCGUUCCAGAAGCUCAGACCCGCUCGCAGUCAUACCCCUGGGCCCGGAGUCGUGCCUCGCUCCCAUCCUCCCAUCGCAUCCCAGAGCCCCUCCCGUCCCCGGCUCCCCGCCCACCGGACCUGACUCCCACCCUUUCUCCACUUGACACGCGGAGCAGCCGGGCCGGCAGCCAGGACCUCAGGCAGGGGUGGGGCGGGAUGGGUUGGGCGGGGCGGGGGGGGGCGGUGUCGAUGUGGGGACGAGCAGAGGUAAAGGAAUUGCCGCCGUAUUCCUGGAAGCACAGCCUCUUUUUUCAAACUCAGCAAAAACAACAAACAAAAAAAAAAAAAAAAAAAAAAACGCAGGCAUUUCAGGGUCUCGUCCUUCUCGCUGAUAGGGGAGACGCCACCCCGCCCGCGGGCUCGCUGCGCGCUUCCCUUACAAGGAGCGCGGCUGAAAGCCCUUCCCUGAGGUCCGGGCCGACGAAAGGGGCGUCCCCAGGCCUCCUGGGGCGAGACGGCGCCCGGCUUCCAGCACCUCCGCCAGGGGCCGCUGCUGCCUCCGCGGGUGAGACGGCGUCACUUCCCGGGGAUUCGGCCUCCAGAAAAGGGACGGCCUCACUUCCAAAAAAGGAAUUUUCACUCAGCGCCCGGUGCCUUGACUCAGCCGCCGCCUGACUCAGCGCCCUUUCCUCUCCACGUCCAGGGCUCCCGGGCUGUUCUAGGAGAGGUGUAGGAGGGUAGGUGGGGGGGUGGGCGCGUGCUCUCCCCUCAACCCACCCCACCCCAGCGCCCAGACCGGCCUCAGGGCUGCAGAGGUGGAGGGGGCCGGACACCACGUCGCCCUGAGCGGUCCUCUCGACACAUUAGCAGCAUCCUCAGGACAGUCGCGGGCAGGGCCGAGUCCCAGCUGUCCGGCUGUCACCACCUGCCGUGGGAUUCCUUGGGCUGCUGCUGCCCGCCAGGCCUGGCCCAGGAUGCAGAUGGCCGCAUAAAAAUAGUCAGGGGCCUCGAGGUACCACUUCGCCGGCUGUUCUGUUGAGCGGAAGCCAGAUGAGAGGGUGGGGAGGGCGGCCUGGGGCGGCUGCAUCAGAAGUGGGCGGUGGGAGUGGGGUGUUCACCUGAUAGGAAAGCCUUGCGACCUCUAGCCCUCCGGAAAAGGAGCAUCUCACCGGAUGGUUCUCCUGUUCAUCACUUCCCAAUCAAUCCCACUGCACCUGAAACGGGUCAUGUCAGCAGAGCUGCGGGUGCUGGCCCACCACCAGGGUCAGGAAGUCAGGGUCCAGGCAGCGGUGGCCAGUCAGUGAAGCCAGGGAAAGAUGUUCGACCUGCAGCGGUUGUACCUGAGGCAACACACCUGGGAACUAGGAAAGGGCAGGCUUCAUGUUCAGUAUUCUAAUCCUAGUAAAAUGAACUUAAAAAAUAAAAGAAACUGGAGUCAAAUGUG